CCACCUCCUCCGGGGCUGACAGGGCCGCGAGAAACCUCCUACCGUCAUACAGACAGACUGGAAGCUCCAGCACUGAGUGGCGUGGACCUUGGGUGCAGCGUUCCUGGCGCCGGCUCCGAAGGCGCGGGGAGAAAGGGUGGUGGUCAGAGCUGGUCUCAACACCAACCCUGCAGACCUCCAGCCUGCAGCUGCGGGCGGGACUAGGACCUCGUUUCACCGUGAGCCUGGACGCUGAGGUCGCUCAUAUUAACGCGCCCAGUGGCAAGAUGAAGACACAAUUUAAGAACAAUUAAAGCGAUGGUCACCCGAGGGGUGCCACGGUGGGGAGUUUUGGGAGCCUAGUUAUUGUUAUCAUCCUUAAUAAGGGAUGGUGACCACCUGCGAAGAGUGCAAAGCGUGUAAGAGCUUCCCUGAAGUGGCUUUGUCCUGCUCCCCAGGGAAGAUGGCCACCGGAGAUGGGACGCAGGAGUCCGGCCCCGACCCCAGCUCCGCAAGCCCGCGGCGCGCCCUCCGGUGGUUCAGGGCGGCGCAGGAGGCACUCUGGCGGGUCCUUUGGGGCGCGCACCAAUGGCUCCGACAGGGCAGGGCGGACGGUAGCCCGGGCACCUCCUUCCCGGGUCCCGGGCUCCUCUGCUCUCACCCCGCUCAAGGGGCGUCCGGGCCAAUGGGGUCUGCCGAGCAGGCGAGCGGUCAGGUCGGAGGCCGAGCUGCUUAUUUGCUCUACUUAAGCCGACGCCGGCGUGCCGGUGUGGAUGACAGACGAUCGCCUAGAGGAUUCGCCGUCUUCACCACCUUCCCCGAGCUGCUCUUCAUCUGGGAGCUUGUCUUUGGGGGCCUGGUGUGGAUCCUCAUCGCCUCGUCCCUGGUGCCCCUCCCCCUGUACCAGGGCUGGGUGAUGUUCGUGUCUGUGUUCUGCUUCAUAGGCACCACAGCCCUGCUCGUCCUCUACAUAAUUGGCGCCCAUGAUGGGGAGAUUUCCUGGGUCACCCUGGUCAGAGUCUACCACCAUAUUGCUGCCCUGUUUUACAUCGUCUCUUCACUCCUAGAAGUUUUGGCCGCCAGCACCAUGAAAGAUACAGUCCCACGUGAACAAUACCUUGAAAACGUCUUUGCUGCGCACAGAUCCAGAGAAGUGAGCAGGAUACAACUGUACAGCUUGAUGAGUUUCCAUAAAGUGAACUCCUCUGUGUAACAAGCAUCCAGAUUAAGAAAUAGAACAUCAUAAACAGCUCCCACAUCCCCUUCUUGUCCUGCCCCCAUCACUGUGCACCCACACCAAGGAUUACCACGGUCCUGAUUUCCAGCUGCCUCGUUCGGUUUUGCCUGCUUGUGAACCUCAUGUAAAUGGAAUUACACAGUGUGUAUUCCUUUAUGUCUGGCUUCUUUCUCUCCACCGUAGGUGUGUGAGGCUCAGCCCCACUGUUGGGUGGAGAUGUACAGUGUUUAUUCUCGUUGCUGUGGAGUGUUCCAUUCAUGACUACACCAGCGUCCCUUUAUCCAGUCCACCAUUGAUCGUGUCUCCCCGUUUGUUAGUUGAGUUGGAGAAACAUGACCAUGCCCAGGCACAGUCAGGAGUGCCAGAAUCAAGAAUCACGAUGUUCUCAGCAGGCAGGGGCUCUGGGCUGAGACCACCAAGGAGAAAUAUGAGCUCUGUUCACUGUGAAGUCUCGCCUUUCUAUUCACAAUAUCAAUUGUCUCAGUGCACAGGGGAGGAGGAGUCAUGAUUACUCAGGAUUUAACCCCAGACCCUGCCCAACCAUCACAUGCCCUUCCCGUGGUCUCGGGGAUGGCCAGUCCAAGGUGUGGGAGGCGUCUCAAGACCUUCUCCCACACACCCCUGGCCUUUGGAAGCAUCUGGCCUCCUCUCGCCCUCUGUGGUUCCUGAUGGGGACCUGCCUCAAAAGCUGAGCUUCCGCCUCCUUUGCUGGCAGCACAGUGUCUGCACUGGAGGGAUCCCUGGGAUUGGUGGAAGCUGACUGAGGGUAGCUGGAAAUUUCUGCCGAAAUCUGGAGGUUUCCGGAUCUUAACAGGGGUGGGCAAUAAGGGCAGAUGUUUAGCGAGAGGGGUUUCUGAAAGCAUAAGGAUGUCCCUUCAUGUCCCUGGCUGUCAAUGUCCCCAAGGUGCCAUAUCUUGCCCUCACUUGGAAAAUAAGUCUCUGUUUCCUCUUCCUGUGGGGACUUCUGAGGUGCCUCUGCCCAGGGUUCUUACGGGGUCUGGAAAAGCUCAGACAGUAAACUGCUCCCACCUGACGGGGAGAGGUGUUUUUUUUUGGGGGGCCACUCACUCAUGUGUGACUGCUCCUUUCAGCCAGAGUACUUCAGAGUUCCCAGAUGAGUUCUCUUAAAUGUGUUAUUAAAUAACUGGGUUACUGAUCGCCUCUGGUCAGUGAGGGUGAAGGGUUGGCCCCCGUGUGGGGCAGGGAGAGAGCAGGCUCGGGGACGGCUGGUAUUUAUGGGCAUUUUCAAGAGUCAUGGUGCGUAGCCCCUAAAUGCUGUGCCUGGGCUGGAAACUCUUGACCCUAUGCCCAACGUCACAGAACCAGGCCACGUCCAGUGGAUCAUUAGGUCACCUGGAGCUCUGUGCCGAAAGCAUUCUGGGGCCAUAUCUGGGCUCAGCAAGAGAGGAUGUCUGCGUGAGUGAUGGGAAGCAGCAGUGGUCCACACACUUCAGGGCUGUCAUCCGGAGGGAUAUGUGAGCAGCCGGCCCAGUGCGGACAGCCCAUGCCUUGCCCUCUCCCCAUGUAUUCCCAUUAAUGGUUAUUUUUCUUGG